GCCGCCGCCGCCGCCGCCAUGGGCAAGAAGCACAAGAAGCACAAGGCAGAGUGGCGCUCGUCCUACGAGGACUACACGGACGCGGCGCUGGAGAAGCCGCUGAAGCUGGUGCUCAAGGUGGGAGGCAGCGAGGUGACCGAGCUCUCCGGGUCGGGCCACGACUCCAGCUACUACGACGACAGGUCGGACCACGAGCGGGAAAGACACCGAGAGAAGAAGAAGAAGAAGAAGAAGAAGUCGGAGAAGGAGAAGCACCUGGAUGAGGAGGAGAGGAGGAAGCGGAAGGAAGAAAAGAAGCGGAAGAGAGAGAAGGAGCACGGCGACUCCGAGGGGGAGGCCGACGCCUUCGACCCUGGGAAGAAGGUGGAAGUGGAGCCGCCGCCCGAUCGGCCUGUGAGAGCCUGCCGGACGCAGCCAGCUGAGAACGAGAGCACGCCCAUCCAGAGGCUCCUGGAGCACUUCCUCCGCCAGCUACAGAGAAAAGACCCCCACGGGUUCUUUGCUUUUCCCGUGACGGACGCGAUUGCUCCUGGGUAUUCAAUGAUCAUCAAACAUCCCAUGGACUUUGGCACAAUGAAAGACAAGAUUGUAGCCAAUGAGUACAAGUCAGUGACAGAAUUUAAGGCGGACUUCAAACUGAUGUGUGACAACGCGAUGACCUACAACAGACCGGACACCGUGUACUACAAGUUAGCCAAGAAGAUCCUGCACGCCGGCUUUAAGAUGAUGAGCAAAGAGCGGCUGUUAGCUUUGAAGCGCAGCAUGUCGUUUAUGCAGGACAUGGAUUUCUCUCAGCAGGCCGCUCUUCUGGGCAGCGAAGACCCGGCAGUUGAGGAACCUGUUCCUGAGGUUGUCCCAGUGCAAGUAGAAACUGCCAAGAAAUCCAAAAAGCCGAGUAGAGAAGUGAUGAGCUGCAUGUUUGAGCCGGAGGGGAACGCCUGCAGCCUCACGGAUAGCACCGCGGAGGAGCACGUGCUGGCCCUGGUGGAGCACGCGGCCGACGAGGCCCGCGACAGGAUCAACCGCUUCCUCCCGGGCGGCAAGAUGGGCUACCUGAAGAAGCUCGGAGACGGGAGUCUGCUCUACAGUGUGGUGAACGCGGCCGAGCCCGACGCCGACGAGGAGGAGACGCAUCCCGUAGACCUGAGCUCCCUCUCCAGCAAGCUGCUCCCGGGCUUCACGACGCUGGGCUUCAAAGACGAAAGAAGAAACAAAGUCACGUUCCUGUCUGGCGCCAGCACGGCGCUGUCCACGCAGAACUCCACAUUCGGCGACCUGAAAUCACAUGAGGUAGAGCUGCUGUAUUCGGCCUACGGAGAUGAGACCGGAGUGCAGUGUGCGCUGAGCCUGCAGGAGUUUGUGAAAGAUGCUGGGAGCUACAGUAAGAAAAUGGUGGAUGACCUCCUGGACCAGAUCACGGGUGGAGACCAUUCUCGGGUGGUCUUCCAGCUGAAGCAGAGGAGAAGCGCUGCUGUGAGAGCUGCCGAGGAGGUGAAGGUUGGGGACUCCCUGGGAGACAGUGGUGGCUCUGUUCUGGAUCUCAUGUCAAUGAAGCCAUACCCCGAUGUCUCCCUGGACGUAUCCAUGCUCAGCUCUCUGGGGAAAGUGAAGAAGGAGCUGGACCACGAUGACGGCCACUUGAACUUGGAUGAGACCACCAGACUUCUGCAGGACUUACACGAGGCCCAGGCAGAGCGCGGCGGCUCCCGCCCAUCCUCCAACCUCAGCUCCUUGUCCACCGCCUCCGAGCGGGAGCCGCAUCCCCAGGGAAGUCCUUCCCGCCUGAGCGUCGGCGAGCAGCCGGACGUCGCCCACGACCCGUACGAGUUCCUGCAGUCUCCGGAGCCCGCGGCCUCUGCCAGGAACUAGCUCGGGUUCUUCACUCGCUCCCCGAAGUCGCCCGCGAUGGACAGCUCUUGGCACAAGGCAAAAGACGUAGUCUCGUCCCCUCAGGCAUGCAGCAGCCCGGGGAAGGUGGUGGCUUGUCUGCGCUGUCGCACCAGUGGCCAAGGCUCAGCGGCACUGCUCGGCAUCGCCUUGCCGAGCUGCGGACACAGCGUGUAGGUAUCUGGGCAGCCGUGCCGUCGGCUUUGACACCGGGCGCUGCUGCACAGUCGCCCUGGGUGAGGCCCGCACGGUGUCCCUGCAGGCCUUGACGGGGAGCCCACAGGACUGACCCCCAGAGGACAGCAUCACCUGGGCAAGGAGUCCUCUCAUCUGCUCUGGCCAACAGCCAGCCAUCCGCCUGUUAGAUUGAGCCGUGAAAUGUUCUAGAACUGAACGCACUGGCUGGGUUCCUGUUUGUAUUUGUAGAAUACAUGAACAUAGGUCCUAAUAAAGAGAUGGCUGAGGAGGGGAGCAAGUGUGAUCAUUCCCUACCUGCCGACAGUGGGCUCUCC